GCGGCGCCACCCCUCGACCGGCUCAGACGCCGUGAGUCAGGGGCCGACGAGGGUGGCCCGGGCUCGCUCGUCCGCUCUGGUCGGGACGAGUCGCCACGCUCUGGGGCUUGUCGCCCUGGCUCCAGCCUCUGCCACCGCUGGACCUUGCGGCCCGGGCGCGCCGGGCUCGGGAGGGCCAGCCACCCGCUACACGCCGAGCUGCUGGGGGACCGCAGCUGUAGUACUGCACGGCCCGCGGGGGCGAGCGGAGGCCGCAGACUCUCUAGACAGUACCACAGUAAUGGAGUACAUGAGCACUGGAAGUGACAAUAAAGAAGAAAUCGAUUUAUUAAUUAAACAUCUGAACGUGUCCGAUGUAAUAGACAUUAUGGAAAAUCUUUACGCCAGUGAAGAGCCCGCGGUUUAUGAACCCAAUCUAAUGACCAUGUGUCAAGACAGUAAUCAAAACGAGGAGCGUUCAGAGUCCCUGCUGCUCAGUGGCCAAGAAGUACCUUGGUUGUCAUCCGUCAGAUAUGGAACCGUGGAGGAUUUGCUUGCUUUUGCAAACCAUAUAUCCAAUGCCACAAAACAUUUUUAUGGACACCGACGACAAGAAUCUGGAAUUUUGUUAAAUAUGGUAAUCACUCCCCAAAACGGACGCUAUCAAAUAGACUCUGAUGUUCUCCUCAUCCCAUGGAAGCUGACAUACAGGAAUAUCGGCUCCGAUUUCAUUCCUCGGGGGGCCUUUGGAAAAGUGUACUUAGCACAAGAUAUAAAGACUAAGAAAAGAAUGGCGUGUAAACUGAUCCCAGUAGAUCAAUUUAAGCCAUCCGAUGUGGAAAUCCAGGCUUGCUUCCGGCAUGAGAACAUCGCUGAAUUAUAUGGCGCGGUCCUAUGGGAUGAAACUGUCCAUCUCUUUAUGGAAGCAGGCGAGGGAGGGUCUGUUCUGGAGAAACUGGAGAGCUGUGGACCAAUGAGAGAAUUUGAAAUCAUUUGGGUGACAAAGCAUGUUCUCAAGGGACUUGAUUUUCUACACUCAAAGAAAGUGAUUCAUCAUGAUAUUAAACCUAGCAAUAUUGUUUUCAUGUCCACAAAAGCUGUUUUGGUGGAUUUUGGCCUUAGUGUUCAAAUGACUGAAGAUAUCUAUUUUCCUAAGGACCUCCGUGGAACAGAGAUUUACAUGAGCCCAGAGGUGAUCCUGUGCAGGGGCCAUUCAACCAAAGCAGACAUCUACAGCCUGGGGGCCACGCUCAUCCACAUGCAGACGGGUACCCCGCCCUGGGUGAAGCGCUACCCUCGUUCAGCCUAUCCCUCCUACCUGUACAUAAUCCAUAAGCAAGCGCCUCCAUUAGAAGAUAUUGCAGACGACUGCAGUCCCGGCAUGAGAGAGCUGAUAGAGGCGGCCUUGGAGAGGAACCCUAAUCACCGCCCCACGGCAGCAGACCUACUAAAACAUGAGGCCCUGAACCCUCCCAGAGAGGACCAGCCCCGCUGUCAGAGUCUGGACUCCGCCCUCUUUGAGCGGAAGAGGCUGCUAAGUAGAAAAGAGUUGGAGCUUCCUGAGAACAUUACAGAUUCUUCAUGCACAGGAAGCACUGAGGAAUCUGAGAUGCUAAAGAGACAACGUUCUCUCUACAUAGACCUUGGAGCCCUGGCUGGCUAUUUCAACCUUGUCCGGGGUCCACCAACACUAGAAUAUGGCUGAUUGAUGACAUUGUUUGCUCUCCAUGAAGACUCAGCAUUUACUUCCUGGAAGCUGUUUCUGCUGACUCUACACAGGGCCUCUGUCUAGUGAAUUGUGCCAUGUUUUAGCUGGCAGUGUGGGCUCCCGUGACUCAUGAAUGUGACUUCACACAUGGCUCCUGUACGUUUAAUUUGUGGAGCUGUCCUGGUACCCACAAGGUCUAAAGGUUCUCAUUUCUCAGGUGGUGUGACUCGAAGGAAGUUAAGUCUUCCUUGAUGGAUCAUUUCUGGUGACUGAUUUCAUUCACUGUGCACUUUGCUCAAAAUGUUAAAAAAAUACCAAUCACAAGGAUAAUAUAUUAGCCUAAAAUUACUAUUCUUGGUUCUACUUUACGUAUGGGAACUGCAUUUAACUCAGAAUAGUUGUUUUGUGUAUAUUGGUGUAUAUUUUAUGAUAACUCUUUGAGCCUUUGUAGGGAGAUUCUAAUAUAAAUUAAAGUCAUUAUAGUUUGGGUGAAUGGAACAACUUGAAUAUUAUAGCAAUAAGCUGAACUAGUGUCUUAAAAAUGGCUAACUGCUUAGUUAGGAGCCAUCUGACAGUAGGCCACUAGUGACAGGUUCUGUUAUGUUCCUAUGGAAACAUUUUGUACUGUACAUGCUAUGCUUAAAACAUUUAAAACAUGAUGUUUUGAAUGUGGAUAAAACUGUGUAAACCACAUAUUUUCUGUACAUCCCAAAGGAUGAGAAUGUGACCUUAAUGAAAAAUAGAAACUUUUGUCAAUUCUUAAUGAUGCCACUUUUGUAAUUCCUGUGACUCUAUUUUCUUUUAAGCAUUUGUAUAAUAAAAUAGCAUACUAUGUAUGUUUUAUAUCAAAUGCCUUCAUGAAUCUUUCUUACACAUAUAUAUAUAUAUAUUUUUAACAUUGUAAAGUAUGUGAAUAUUCCUACUUAAAGUAUGUUUUUACAUCAUGCAAAUGAAACCAACACUUUUAUCCAGUGUGACUGGUCAAAUCAACAGAAUAAAUUCAGUAUUUUGCCUUA